CAAAAUCUUCUCAAGACAUUGCCUCUGAAAAGGCAAGUACGGGAAGUGAAGAAGUAUUCACCCGCAGUAAGAUUUGCUAAAAAAGUGGUGAUCCAAAAUUCUUCAAAUUAUUCCAUUAAUCAGAUUCAAGAAUCAGCAAAUGUCAGUAGCGUUUGACAAAGAAGCGAUAAGCACAACUGGAGAAAAUUCUAAUCCUCCGAGUGAAAGCUCAGCUAACUAUGAACAGCCAGAUGAUACGCCAGAGGAACAUGUGGCAAAUGUGCAUCAGGACGAUGAUGGCUUUGAGAGUUUAAAUGGUAAUGUUUCUAGUGACAAUGACAAAGUGCAAGGAAAUAGAUUAGCAAGGCAAGGAGUGGUGCAACAAACUAAAGAUCACACAUUAUCCUGGUCGGAAGACAGUCCUAGUCAACAGGUUCCAGCAAGUCCACCAAAAUGCUCAGCACCCGACCCAUUAAAAAAUGAUGACAAUUUUACGGAUAAUAAGAGCAAAAUUCACAACAGUAUUGAGGAGAAAAAUGCGCCAUCAAAAAUAUUGGGCUCGAGAGAGGCGCGGCAGCAGUGUGAGAGCGAAGAGGAGGGCGAAUGCGAGGAAGCUACGACGCAUCAUCUCACAGAGGCAACAACUUCAGCUACAGAAUAUAUGGGAGUGACGACCAAUAGCGACGAUUGUAGUUACAGUUCAGAACUCGGGGAAUCUGAUUUGGCCAGCGAGACCAAUCUUAAUUAUGGAGAAUUUGUGGAGCACCCUGUCUCCUGGGAGUUCGAGUUGCCGCCUUCGAUAUUACUCAAUUCUACCUGCACAUCGUCUGAUCGUGUUUCGUGUACGAUUUGGACGCGGCGUGACAUCAAGAAAGCGGAAUUGUCAGUGCUGGACAUCAGUUCGGCGAUCAUCGCCAGAGUCGAAUCUAUGCCGGAGAGCAUGAAUUACUUUUACGGCGGUCUGAUACUUAGCAUCGCUCUAUGUUUGAUACCGUCGAUAAAACGAUUGAGCGAUCACAUGGGAUCGGAUAUUAAUAUUAGUAACGUGUCUGUCAGCCUAUUGCCGAGUGACAUGACUCAAGCGAACUUGGAAACUUACACCGAUAUUUUCUGCAAAAUAAUUGGCAUGGCGUUUGGAAGCACUUUCUCGGAACGAACACUUGUGCUUAUUUCGACGUUCGAGCGACUUAUGCUGUCGUGCUUUUUAUUCUUCUUGCUCGCAGUUGCGGAACGAACGUACAAACAGAGACUUUUGUACGCCAAGUUAUUUUCUCACUUAACGUCGUCUAGGCGUGCGCAAAAAUCCGAUCUGCCACAUUUUCGCUUGAACAAAGUGCGCAACAUAAAAACGUGGUUGAGCGUUAGAUCUUAUCUGAAACGAAGGGGGCCGCAACGAUCUGUAGACGUUAUUGUAUCGGCAGUAUUUAUCGUUACGAUAUUAUUGCUGUCAUUCGUAAGUCUCGAAUUGAUUAAAGAUCUUGAAAGCCUACACUCACGAUACAACGUUGAAGCAUUAUUUUGGAGCUUCUCGCUUGGGAUAUUUAUAUUACGAUUUAUGACACUAGGGACAAAAAUUAACAAGAAGUAUAGAAAUCUCUCAGUUUUAAUAACCGAACAAAUUAAUUUGUACCUGCAAAUUGAGCAAAAGCCGCAUAAGAAGGAAGAACUUAUGGUCGCGAACAGCGUAUUGAAAUUAGCAGCUGACUUGAUAAAGGAAUUGGAGAGUCCGUUCAAGAUCUCCGGGCUCUCAGCUAAUCCGUAUCUGUACACUAUUACUAAAGUAGUAUUGCUAUCGGCACUCUCAGGAAUACUCUCCGAAUUGCUCGGUUUCAAGCUCAAGCUAUAUAAAAUAAAAAUAAAAUGAAAUAACGUAAUGUGUUUAGGGUGCAAUUACAUGUCAUAUAUUAUCAUGCACAAUAAUGUAUGUCAUGUAUAUAUGUAUAUUAUCUGCCAGUUUCAGAUCGCCUAUUGAAUUUGAACUUAAUUUUUUUCUUAACAGUGCAUUCUGCACUUAUUGUUAGUAAAGGCGCUUUAGCUUAUUAAAUUUUGGGAAUAAGACAAAUCUUAUUUAUACCGGGUAGGCCAUUUUAAUGUCCCACCCCAAAUAUUUCAUUUCCUACGCCUUUU